CCAGAAAUCUGUCAGCGCGAGCACCUUGGUCUCCAUGACAGUCUUGUUAUUGUUGUUCAGCCUAUAAUGAUGGAUUGAUGAAGAAUACAGCUGCUUUUCAUCUCAAUAAGCCUUCUUAAUAAAUCCGUCGACGAAAUGGUGGAAUAGUCCGACUUUUUGUUGCAUGUUCGCGGGCGGGUUUUUCUCGCCCACACCAGGUUUGGUAGUUCAGGCUCGGCCCAGUGCAGUGCUGGAUGCUGCAUAUUUUCUCACAUUUUUCUGAGCUGUGAUACAUUUUGUGUGGUCCGGACUGUGGGUGAAGCAUGAGAGAGCAGCGGUGGUACAGCGGCCCGGUCCGGACACUGGAGGCUCGGAGUCGGAUCACAGGCUCACAGACGGAGGAGAUGCGCCUGUUGUAACAGCAUCAGGAGGAUGAUUUCUCGAUACAGCCGUCGGCCUGUAUCUCACAACCUAGAGAUUCGUGGUUUGUCCCGCAGUUGUCUGGACCAGCAUCCUCUUCCAGAGGAGGCAGAUGAUGGUACUGCGCAUUCCUCCAGACUCCUGCACAAUCUACAGGAGGACAUGUCCUUAUACAGCAGGUCUGAGGAGUCCUCUGCAUCAUCCGUCAGAUCAGGAUGUCAGACACUCACCACAGAUGACACCGUUCCGUCUUGGUCUGGUAUCCAUAGUUACACAGGAACUGGCAUCUCGACAGAACGCAGCUCUGUCUUCUCGUGGGGCUACGAUGAAUUUGAUAAAGCCGCUUCUAGGCAGGUCCAGCAGAUGUUUGAAGAGAUUGACGAACUGUUGUAUGAAAGAAAGUGUGAAACUCAGCUUAAAGGACUCCAAGAUGAGUGUCAAGAGUGGGCUUUCCGAUUCCCUCAUCUGCGGAUUCUUGGAACGCAGCUGGUAUGUCCUACUGAUGAAGGAUUCCAGUGGUACGCCACACCAGCUCAGACCCCCAGCCCCUCUAGCAGCUUCCAGAGCAAAGAGAACACUGCUAGCGAGUUGUAUGUUCAGGGUCGGAGGGCUGUAUUGUGUCGGCCCACUGUGGAGGUGACCAACCCCAGUAUUACAACCAGUGGUAACAGUGAAGAUGAGCUGCCCAGUGUGAUCGAGGCUGAAGGGCUGAUAGAAGAGUAUCUCGCCUACGACUGCAGAGAUAUGGAUGAAGAAUGUGAACGUGAGUAUGUGAGCAGACGGAGGAGGCGGAGGCGGUGCCUGCCCCCUGUCUCACCCUAUCGAUGUCGUCAGGAGGCGGUGCUUGAUCUGCUGUUUGAUGACGUAUGGCGUGAGCUCAUUGGCUGGAUAGAGGAGCUUGUACGUAGACACUGGGAUGGAUUUGUGUUAGAUGAUGAGAAGAGUACCGUGGCCCUCAGCCCUGCAUGUCCUGAUCCCCAGAAUCCAUUCAUGCUGCUGCCCAAUGUCUCCACAGUGCUUCCUCCUCUUUCACAGACCAGAACGCAACAGCUCACGACAAACUUGCAGGCCCAGAGCUCAAAGUCAUGGGGUUCAAAGCACAAGUCAAGACGGAAAUCCAAAAAGCAGAGAAAGUCAUCGACUACCAGUCGAGUGCCUGUAGGACCGGCGGUCGCUCAUCACAAUCUCAAUGACCUCAUCAUGAUACAUGGCAUUCCACUGCAGCAAAGGAACCUGGGAACUCUGGACCGAUUAAAUCAGGACUCUGAGGAGAAAGUGUCUCAUCGUCCCGGCUCUAGUGCGAUCCCUGCCGGUAAACCCCGGCCCCGCAGGGCACUGGAUCUAAGCACCUCAUCUUUGACUCGCCCUCCUCAGUCUGCACGGCGACGGAACCCACCUCCUCGCAAUCUGAUGCCAAUUACGUCCAGCGUAACCCAGCCAAUCACAACCAUGGAGGAGGUGGUCAGAGGCACUAGACUGACAACUCCCAGUGAUCGUUUGACUUCACCUCCAAUGCAUCUCAGUAGAAACACACUCCUUCCUCCUAUUGGCACAGGAGACACAGACCAUGUGUACUCCGGACAACACACACGGCUCAUACAGAAGCAGAGAGGAUCCUCCAGUCGUGCACACAGUGCAGUGACAGAUGAGGGUAUCAGUUUGCAGCCCAGAGACAAACUACAUCUGCUGGACGUGUUUUCCAGACCCAACACCACACACACCUUUAGGUCAGACACCCCUUAUCACCGUUCAUUCACUGGGAUAGACAACAUCGGGCAGGGUCGACCUGGCAGGGCGUCUGUUGGCGUAGAUUCUCUGGGAAUUGGUGUGACUGGAAUCAGUUUGGGCAUCAGCAGCUCCUCCUUUAUAGACUCAUUUUCCCAUCAUCCAAUUGGUCAUUUCCCCAUCGGGCACGAGGAGGAGCCAGAUGCAAAAGCCUCAGGUCAAGCACGCUCGCAUAACAGAGGUGGUUCAACGGCACGCAGUAGCAGACCAGGGCUUUAACACAAACACACGUAAACACAUACACACACACAAAAUCCCCCUUACCUUCUUGAACCAAACUCACCUCAGCACUGACGCAACUUUUCAGUACUGACAGACACUUUGUAAGUCUGCUGGACUUUUGUAUGACGCGCUGUUUGAGCGUGGACCUUAUUUAUGACCACUGUUGUUAUUAAUAUUAAUAUUAUUAUUAGUAGUAAUGUUAUUCAUGUUGUUGUUUGAAAUUUUCUAAAACCCUAUUUUUGUAUAUUGGACUAUUCAGCUUCAUAUGGCUGCCAAAUACAGGAAACUGUCUAUCCCUUACAUCUGUAGAUGUACUGUACAUGCUGUACUGUAUGGAGUAACAACUUUUGGUUUUCUCUUAAGACGGCUCUGUGAGGCCUCCAUGGAGUUUCUAUGCAGGUUCAUACAAGCAGGGAGUUUAAAUAGCCAGAAUGUUGCCCUCGCCGGAGUGUUCGAGACCCUUUUUGGAUCGUGGAACCUGCUAUGGAAGAUUUAUACUGUCUGUAUUCUAGACGGAUGUUUCAUCGUGAUGCAAUUCCAACCACUUUAUAUUCACGAUCUUGGACCAUAGGUGUGUAAGAAUUCUUCGUUUUGUAUCAUGAUAUCGUGAUCGUGGAAUGUUCAAUAGCAAUUGUAACAUCCUAAAUGACUCUAAGGUCUUAUUUCCAGCAGCGUAAACCGCAAUGAAUGGUUUUUCAGAGGAAAACACUGACAUUCUGGAAGUAUACCCGCAAUAUGAGGGUAGGCCGGUACAAUAGUUCAGCCUACAUAAUGACAGGUGAAAGAGGAUUUCAAGUUUCUUAUUUUAAAACCGUUCGCUAUUCAGAAAAAUAAGCCGUGAGUGAGCCUUAAGGUGCAGUCCCAUUUAAUGUUACUCGGCUUAAAUUUCAAGAGGCUGGACAAGUACACAAAUCCUGUAUUUGGUAACAAUGCAGAUACACAAAUGAGUACUCCUUUUCUAUUUGAAUCAAGUAAAGUUACAAAAGCACUAAGUGAUAGAUGUUUAUUUAUUCAGCAAGAAAAGUUCAUGUCUAGAUUUAAAGGGAUAGUUCACCCAAAAAUAAAAAAUUCUUUAAAUCAAUCAGUCAAUAUUCGAUAUUUUGAAGAAAACCUUCUCCGAUUGUCUUCAAUAGUAUUUGAAUUGUUUUGGUGAACACUAACAUCUACACUAACCAGCCACUUUAUUAGGUACACCUGUCUAACUGCUCUUUAACGCAAAUUUCUAAUCAGCCAAUCACAUGGCAGCAACUCGAUGCAUUUAGGCAUGAUCAAGACAAUCUUCUGCAGUUCAAACUGAGCAUCAGAAUGGGGAAGAAAGGGGAUUUAAGUGACUUUGAACAUGGCAUGGUCUGAGUAUUUCGGAAACUGCUGAUCUACUAGUAUUUACACGCACAACCAUCUCUAGGGUUUACAGAGAAUGGUCUGAAAAACAGGAAAAUUUCCAGUGAGCGGCAGUUCUGUGGGUGCAAAUGCCUUGUUGAUGCCAGAGGUCAGAGGAGAAUGGCCAGACUGAUAGAAAGGCAAAUCAUCUCAGACUGGUUUCUUAAGUAUGAGUUCACUGUACUCAAAUGGCCUCCACAGUCACCAGAACUUAAUCCUAUAGAGCACCUUUGGGAUGUGGUAAAACGGGGGGAUUUUCAUCAUGGAUGUGCAGCAGACUGAUCUGCAGCAACUGCUUGAUGCUAUCAUGUCGAUAUGGACCAAAAUCUCUGAGGAAUAUUUCCAGUAACUUGUUGAAUCUAUGCCAUAUAGGAUUAAGGCUGUUCUGAAGGCAAAAGGGGGUCCAAUCUGUUACUAGUAUGGUGUACCUAAUAAAGUGGCCACUGAGUGUAGUUCAGAAACAACUGGAAGUCAUGACAGACAAAUACACUUGAACGAGAGAUAAGGAAAAAAUCCCUAUGGAAUUUUGCAGAGUAACAGUAAAUGUGACCUCACCAUUAGUUCUGUGAACCACACAGAGCUCGGCAUGUGACGGACAGGACUUUAUUGUAUAUUUAUUAUCACAUAUAUAUAUAAAUAUAAGUGCACACAAAGAGUUCAGGGUUCAUAUAAAUAUGCGUACUGUAAUUUUUUUUUUCUUUUUCCUGGUCAGCAUUAAGUGGAAUUUACAGGAAUAUUAUACAGUAGAAAAAGUCAUUCGUUUAUAGUUUUGAAUGGCCAUUUUGGUUCCUUUUGGUGCCAGGAAAUAUUUAACUUUAAAUAGUCAAGCACAUUUUAAUGUACCAUUUUACUGGCAGAUAUUGAAUGUGGCUCUUAAUGUUUAUGUGGCAGCUUCACUGUAUCAGCAUUUAUUGAUGAUCUCUAACUGAACAUUUGCAUUUCUCUGAUUUGAUAACGUGUUGAUCUCAGUGAGUGAGUGAGUGAGUAUUGCUUUUAAUCAACAGUUUUGUUUUGUUUUUCUAUCUGGAGAGUAACCAAGCUCAAAGCAUGUAUUAUGAGUGUACAGGCCAUCAUAAUGUUUGAUGAUCAGAGAGAUGGAUUCCUCUACAGCCAUACUGAAGGGAUGUCAGGAGAAGACAUCUCUUCAUACCCCAGCCUAACGCCUCGGCCUCUGAGACAGAUCCAACUCUUCUUCACUCAGCUCGGCAAGGACAAUCUAGAGUUGCAGAAGUGUAGCCAUAUUUGACUCCUAGAAUUUCCGGCGGAGAUUUCUAGAGUUUCCAGUAGACAUUCUGCUGUCUGAGUUUCAUUGCUGCUGAUUUGAGAGGGCAGAUUUCAAGAGCCAUGUCACCUGUAUCAACCGAAACGGUCAGGUGCAGAUGUUUUGUGUGCGGAAACAAUGAGUGAUCUGCUCUGAAUCAGGUGGAGAUGACAGUGCUGGAUGGGAGUGUAAGUGCGCAAGUGUGUAUGUGUGUUUGGAGGUGACCGCUCUUAGCAGGUGUAGCACUGCUUUAUCUAAGACUCCCCCUAAAUGUUUACCUCUGUAACAUAAAUGAGAAUGGCAAUUGACAAAUAAAGGUAAUUAUUUGAAUAA